CAUUACACGAGGAACAAUAACGGGGGUUUAGGAACUGGUCAUUAAAAGAGAUAGAACAGUAACAAUGGAGGACUCUUUAGUAGGAGGAAAUAAGGAAGACAAAGAAUUCUCUUUGAUGGAUGUGGUAGCAGCCCGAAUUCGAAGCCAUAUACAUACGAAUGUUGACUGUGUUAGUGAGAAUGGGAAUGACUGUCACAAGGAAGAAAAGGGAGAGAUCUCGGAAGACAGUGCUGAAGAAGAUGACACAAGGUUCCUUUUGGAACUCGUUUACAAGAGACAGCAUCAACACCAACAGCACGCUGACACUGAGAUUAUUGCCGAAGAAGAACCAACCACUCCUAUUAUUAGAAGUACGCAAGAGAACCUGGUCAUUUCCAAGUUGGUGCCACUACCUACAGAAGCUUUGAAGGAUGUAGGAUUACCCAAUCGAAUGAAAAUGGAAGGGAGGGGGGUCGAGGAACAAGCCAUUCCUCGACCCGUGGUUCUAAGAAGAGAACAGGGACUCCCAGUCAGUCUCAGUUAUCCAGGUGCCUUUGCCGUUUCUAUUACUGGUACUGGUACCGGUGUGAUGGAUACUGUUACAGGAACAGAAAUGCAAACACAAGAUGUAAAUGCUACGGAACUGGCAGUGAAUUCAACACUCCAUGAAAGCGAUUGUGAUUCCAGCGACUUUUCUUCAUCAUCACAACCAGAAGAAGGCGCAAGGAAUGAUGGAUUGGCUGUGGCCAGCUUGGUAGUGGGCGAAACCAACCCUCGGGAUCUACCACAGGCUCAAAAUUACAACGAGGAAACGAGAAGAGAGGAAAGGAAACAAUUCAAAUCCAAGGUUCUCUUAUCAGUCAUUGUUUUGCUGGCACUCAUCAUCAUUUUAUUGGUGCCUAUCCUAUUUAUACUCGUACCUGGGAAACAGCAGUCCAACGAUGCUCUAAUUGUGCCUACCAUUGCACCGACCGAGCCACCCAGCAGCACCGCCCCAUCUCAGGCACCCAGCACCUUUACCAAUUAUGUCUUAUCACUUUUUCCACUGGAAGCUGUCGAUGCCAUUUCCGAGUACCCUCAAUCGCCCCAGUCCAGGGCAUUCGAAUGGCUCUUGGAGGACAGCCACAAUUUACCCUCCUACGAAGACAGUCGGAUCAAGCAAAAAUUGGCCCUGGCAACUCUAUACUUCGCUACAAACGGAGACCAUUGGUACACAAACACAAAUUGGCUCAACCACAGCACUCAUGAAUGUGAAUGGUUCCUACAGCCAGAAUUUGCCAGGAAAUCCACUAAAUCCCAAUUCUAUGAUAGCUACCUGACUGGUGAUUUUUUGGAACCACCACCAGACUCCCCCUGCAACAGCAAUGGCAUGUACCAACAUUUGUGGUUGGAUUUGAACAAUUUAGUUGGCAGUCUACCAGAAGAACUGUAUUUACUGACUUCUCUGCAAACUCUCUCGGUUGGAGUCAACGAUCUAAGAGGGACCAUUUCAACACGCAUAGGACAGCUCACAAACUUGGAAGGACUCGUCUUGGGACGAUUGCAAUUGCGUGGAACCAUUCCCUCAGAAAUUGGCUUGAUGAAGCACCUCUAUGCUAUCUCGUUGGUUGGCAAUGACCGUCUGGAGGGGUUCAUUCCGUCUGAAAUUUGGACACUUACAACAUUGGAUACGAUUAAUCUUCGGAACAAUCCUCUGCUAAAGGGCACAAUUGCUACCGAAGUUGGCCUAAUGUCUGCCUUGAGAUGGCUGAUUUUGGAUGACUGCAGUAUUUAUGGUUCCAUUCCAACAGAGCUAGGCAAAGCAGAUGCCUUGGAUGUACUUUACCUUGCAUCCAAUCAGCUUUCCUCUACCAUACCCAGCGAGCUUGGGAAUCUCCCAAAUCUUGCCAGCAUACAGUUGUUUGGCAAUUCUCUGCAAGGGACUCUCCCUACAGAGCUGGGCAUGGUCACCUCAACAACCAUGCUAACACUUGGCCACAAUCAACUCAGUGGCCCACUGCCAAGUGAGCUUGGGCUCCUUACCAAAAUGAGUAUUGCCCUUGAACUGCAAGGCAACCAGUUUCUCUCGGGAACCAUUCCAACAGAACUGGGACGCCUGACAAAUGUUUUGGAGCUGGAUCUCUCUCAUACACAGGUAUCCGGGCAGAUUCCUAGUGAGCUGGCCCAGCUCACAUCCCUUGGCCAUUUGAGCUUUGCCAAUGAUGCUAUAUCUGGCACUGUCCCACAAGAGCUUGCUGACCUAGAGCCAUCCCUGUACGCUUUGAAGUUAGAGGGAAAUCCACUCUUGUCAGGGACUAUUGCACCCAGUUUAUGCCAAAUCAAUGCAACAUGCAUUGGCAGCGCGUGGAAAACAUCGUGUGAGGAGGCGCAAGAUGGAUUGUCAUUUGACUGUACUGGCAUACUUUGUGGUUGUGAUUGUCCGUGUUUUUAAGGAGCAGUUUAGAAUAGAACCAUAACCUGUGUUGUAGGACAGGCCUCUAUCCAAUCAUCGGAAACCAAAGG